AGUGUGUAACUGUUCUCUGAGAGAAAACAUGGCAAACCUUCUUUCUAGUUGGUCUUCCGACCCGGAUUCCUUGCCGGAAAAAUACAUUGUACCUGAAGAGAAAAGGCCAGGAGCAUUGCUUGCUCCAGUAAGCAAGGACAUACCAGCGAUUGAUCUCAGUGAGGGAGAUCGAGCCAGUAUAAUUCAGAAAAUAAUGAAAGCUAGUCAAGAGUUUGGCUUUUUUCAGGUGAUCAACCAUGGAGUGUCGGAAAAGUUGAUGAUUGAUGCUGUGAAUGUGGGAAAAGAAUUCUUUUCCAUGCCUGCUGAGGAAAUGGAGAAUUUUGCUGCUAAGGAUUCGCGAAAGGGAUGCAAAGUUUACACAGGUUCUGGAAAUUAUGGAUCUCAUGAUUUCGGAUUGUGGAGGGAUACUCUGCAACACCCUUGCCAUCCACUUGAGAAAUGGACUAAUAUUUUUCCUGAUAAGCCAGCAGGAUACCGGGGGACCAUAGGUCCAUAUACAGUUGAGGUGAGAAAGCUGGGUAUCAGAAUUCUGGACAUGAUCUGUGAAGGACUAGGAUUGACCGAGGAAAAUUAUGACUACCAUGAUUUGCUCCUGAUGAUUCACAACUACCCGGCAUGUCCAGAUCCUAGCUCAGCCUUGGGAGUUUCUGGACACCGUGAUGCUAACCUCAUAACCAUAAUUCAGCAGGAUAUUUAUGGUCUGCAACUAUUUAAGGAUGGCCAAUGGAUUGGUGUGGAACCUCUUCCAAAUGCUUUUGCAUCCCUAUAAGUUUUUCAAUGGAGGUUGAUUGAACCUGUAAAGUCACUUGUUAGUCCAAGCGAUCCCCCAGCAUUCAGAGCAUUCCAUAUGAAGGAGUAUCUAAUCUUGAGGUCCUUUUCGGCAACAACUCAGACAGCGAAGUGACAGCUGAAUACUUCAAAAUCAAAAGCCAAGCCAGCAAAUGAUACUACUGUUGCCUUGUGAGUUUUAAUCUAUAUAGCUUUCUGCUUCUUGGAAUAGAAAAACUAUCUUACUUUGUUGUACUUAAAAAACAUUAUCUGUGCAGUCUUUAUGUAUCUGAUUUCAUAUCAACUGAACUUCAGGCAUGAAUUCAAUUAAUCAAUAUAUUUAUGGAUAGGGAUAAUUUUGAAAACCUCCCCUGAGGUUUGGG